AUGGCGGGUGUCACCGAUGCUCACAUGAGACUUCUUCUUCGCAAAAUUGGAGUGCAGGUCAGGUCCGCUUUGACUGCGCUGCUUUGUGAUGGAUGCAUGUCCAUGGCGAAGGAUGAAGACUCGGCUGCUGAUCCUACAGUCUUGAUCGAGGUUGACUCGGCCAAGAUCUUUGAGCUGAUUGAACAAUAUCAUUUGAUAUGGAUGGUCCCUCUGCAGGCCAUCAUCAGCAUUGCCGCGCUGAUUCUCCUUCUCGGCUGGCAAAGCGUCCUCGCUGGAUUCCUGUCUCCGCUUGUGGCUUUACCAUUGAUCACCUCUACCACCAACCAUAUUUCUCGACAAAUGGCCCUGGUGAUGCAAGCCAAGGAUUCAAGAAUCGUCCUUGUUACACAAGUUAUCAAACAAGUUAAACAAGUCAAGCUCGGUGCGCUUCAGGUCUUGUUCCAGCACAGGAUAGACAAGCAACGAGCCCAUGAGCUCAAAAAGUACAAAGGCGUAGCUUUUCUCAACGCCUGCAUGGUAUUUUACGUCUACGUCAUGCCACCAGCAUUGAUCUCCAUCACGUUUGGUGCAGCCAUCUUCCUUGGGCGUGGUUUACCCAGCAACGUGGUUUUUCCAGCGCUUGCGUUUUGCUUCAACAUUACCAGAUCAACAUCCUUGCUUCCUCGGUUGGUGAUGCUCUACCAGGCCGGUCAAAUCUCAUUCGGUCGCAUCAAAGACUUCCUGCUGACCUCUUACGACGAGCCUGUCAUUAUGAGCCAAAGUAGGAUUCUGGAUGAAAGACCGGUCGAGUUUGGAAUGCGAGGGUGUAACAUUGGGUUCCCAGCGUUCCAAGGCUCAGACAAGGUCAUUCUCCAAAACUGUACAAUAGAGGCAACAUCAAACUCUCUUGUCGUUAUAUCAGGACCUGUUGGGUGCGGAAAGUCGACUUUGAUCCGUUCCAUCAUUGGGGAAAUCAAGCCUCAUGUCGGCCAUGUAUGGGUCCAUGGAAGAAUUGCGUACGCACCACAGACUCCAUUCUUGGUCUGUGGCACAGUGCGCGAGAAUAUCGUCUUCGGUCUGCCUUUUGAUGCCUCUUUUUAUGGCCAGGUUCUCGAUGCCGCCUCACUCCGAUCCGACUUGGCCAGGCUUCCCCAGGGCGAUGCCACCAUGCUGGAAGGAACUGGUGUUGCUCUAUCUGGCGGACAGAAGAGCCGGAUUGCCCUGGCUAGAGCGGUCUACUCCCGGCGUGAGGUGGUAGUCCUUGACGACCCCCUCGCAGCUGUAGAUGCCAAGGUGCGGUCCCAUCUCAUCAGUCGUGUGUUGGGGCCUCAAGGCAUCCUCAAAGACUCGCUUCGAAUCGUUACCACGUCUUCUGAAGCUUUGAUGUCCUGCUCUGAUGCACUCUAUGCUAUCAAGGACGGAAGAUUGUCAUCGGCUGAACAGCCCCCACGAGUUGAUCAAAGUGGAACAGACCUUGAACAGAGUGCCAUGUCUGAAGAUCUCGAGACCAUCAAGUCAAAUGUUUCCACAUCAGUAACAGCCCCUGACCCCGACAGCGACAUGGAGAGCGCACCCCUUCUGGCACCAACUACCAAAACAAGUCAGUCGACCGACGUCGGUGGUGCCCCAGUGCAAUUUGACACGUACUUGAGAUUCCUCAAGCUUGCCAAGCAUGGCGGUUGGAUCGUGGUUCUCCUGACAGCUGGUGCUUCCAAACUGUUAGACAUCUUAGCUGUCUUCUUCCUCAAGAUGUCAAGCGAUGAAUUUGAACGUCAAGGACACUCACUGAAGCUUGCUUACUACUCAGGCUGCGCCCUUCUGGGUGGUGUCCUCUCGGCCAUCUUCGUCCUCGUUGCCUACUACAUCUGCGUCAUCCCAACGUCUAGAUCGAUCCACGCCGACCUCACACGGGGGAUUUUGGAGGCCAAGUUUUCCUUUUUCGACACAGUCAAUAUUGGAGAUGUUCUCAACCGCUUCACCAAUGACAUUAACAAGGUUGACAGCUCGGUGUGUGGUGGUUUCAUCAGCCUGGUCGCUCUCUGCGUUACGGCCUCCGCAUCAAUCCUCGUGAUUGUGGCAGCAACACCAUUGAGCAUCCUCUACCUGUUACCCAUCGGUGGUAUUUACAUGGCGAUUCAAUCACACUAUCUGCACGCUUGCAGACAACUCAGACGCCUUGAAAACCUGGCUCGAGGCCCCAUUCUCAACAUUGCCAAUGAGAUUCGUGUUGGAGCCCCUGUUAUCAUGGCAUUUGAUCAGGCUGCCUCCUUCAAGGAUCAGGCCAGGGAUGUGAUAGACCAUCAUAUCCGUGUCUGGGUCCCCUUUGUAUGCUUGGAUUCUUGGUUAAUUCUUCGUCUUCAACUGCUUUCCAGGUGCGUCUACAUUCUUGUCCUUGGUUCAACCACCGCAGCAUUGACACUGUCUAGCAUUAUCCAACUCUUGUCUGCCGUCCUGCUUCUGUGGCUUCGCACACCUGCUAGUACUCUAGGCCUUGUCAUGAGCUAUCUGAUUCAGAUCACAUCGCAGUUCAACACUUUUGUUCAGAUGCGUGCAGCUCUUGAGGCAGACAUGACCUCUGUGGAGCGGAUAUGGUCCUACGCUGCCAACACGCCCGAGAACCAGCCCGAAGACGAAACAGUGCCGUCACCAAGCUGGCCUGUUGAUCCAACCAUCGCUUUCAAGAGCUAUGAGGCAUCAUAUAAAUCUGGUGACAGGCCGUGCUUACGUGACCUGACCUUUACUAUCAAGGUAGGCGAGCACGUUGCGGUGGUUGGCCGGACCGGCGCAGGCAAGUCAUCUCUCGUUCUCGCGCUACUACGCGCCCUAGAGCAUGACUCCAACAAAGGUGGCAGUAUCGCCAUCGACGGGGUUGACAUUGGGAGCGUCAACUUGACACAUUUGCGCAAACGUAUAACCCUUCUUCCUCAAGAACCUUCCAUCUUUGGAGGAACCGUCAGAGAUAAUCUCGAUCUAGAAGGGACGCGGACAGAUGAGCAGCUCCGUGGGGCUCUUGACGUUUGCAAAAUGCGUCAGAUAUUUAACAUUCAACCUGGCCAAGAUCCACUGGACUAUUACGUUUCUGACUCAGGGAGAAACUUGUCUGGUGGGCAAGUUCAAAUACUCGCACUCGCGCGGGCCAUUCUAGCCAAGAGUAAGAUUGUCAUCUUGGAUGAAGCUACUGCUGCCAUGGACGCCUCAACAAGCACCGUCAUACACAACGUGAUCAAUCACAGAUUCCGCAGCCACACGGUUAUUACCAUAACUCAUCAUAUUGAAUCGGCUCUUCAAUAUGACAAGGUUCUCGUGAUGCACGAUGGUCGUGCGGCCCAUUAUGGUGCCCCAAAGGAGUUGCUCAAGGACAAGCACUCAAUUCUCUCAAAGCUGGUUGCCGAUUCUAAAAACAAGGUAUUAAGCUAG